CUGGAUAUAAAGUGCUUGAUUCUGAUAUUGUGUCAGGUACCUACCUAAGGUUGAAAUGUAUUGCUUUUUGGUAGGUAUGCUAUUGAGUUCUGGUAUUUUGGCAGGAGCACACGGAUGGAAAGAAAUAGAUUAUGACAGAGAUGGUGACCUCAGUCUAGAAAGCUUGAUAAGCAAGUAUAGACCUUUCAAACUCUUGACUUAUGAAUUGACGCUAUCCGAUGGUUAUAUUAUAAAAGUCUUCCGAUUUGGGAGAAAGGGUUCAGAUCAAAUGAAACCUUUUCUACUUCUGCAUGGUUUGUCUGGAUGUAGCGACAGUUUUUUCUUGGAUAAGAAUAAAGCACUACCCUUCUUCUUAGCAGACCAAGGAUAUGACAUUUGGAUGAUCAAUAACAGGGGUACCAUACAUUCAAGAGGUCAUACAACAUUCAACAGUUCAACCAAAGAGUAUUGGAGAUUCAGCUGGGAAGAGAUAGGAAUGAUUGAUAUGCCAGCCGCGAUUGACUUAAUACUGGCCAACAACAAGCACGAUAAGGUAGCUCUUUUAGGUCAUUCUGAAGGCUCGUUCGAGAUUUUUGCAGGAUUGUCGGAUGUCCCAAGUUAUAAUGAAAAAGUUGCCAUAUCAUUUCAUUUUGGAGGUGCAGCAUAUCACUCAACAUGUGAGCCCAAGCUACUCAAAAUCGGUUGCAGGAUGAAUGGUGCUAUACAUAAGUUUCUUCAGAGGAUAGGAAUAAUGCAGUUGGUACCUGUCGCUGAUCUGAGAGACAUGAUUGUAACCCUUUGCCGAUUGAACACUUUCAGUGAUUCAUGUAGGGAUAUCGCUUUUGAAGCUCUCGUCGUCACAGGAGACUUAUUUGAUGAUUUCAAAGACAUUUCUUACGUCUUUAGUAAAUGGUUAUGUGGAGGUGGUGUACAAGAAUUUAUACACUUUUUUCAGACGGGUCAAUCAGGAACAUUUUCCCGAUUCGAUUACGGUCCAAGUGAAAAUAUGAAAAUUUAUAACACAACAAUACCACCUCGUUUCCACUUAGAAAGAAUAACUUCUCCAACUGCAAUAUUUUGUGGAGAACUGGACCUGUAUUGCAAAGGAAAAGAUAUUGAAAAAGUUAAAUCAGAAAUACCCAACAUAGUUUUCUCGAAAGCGAUACAAAAUUUUGGACAUGUCGAUUUUCUACUCGACAAACAAUUGAAACGCCAUAUUUACGAUGACAUGCUGAGAUUAUUGAAUGAAUAUUUUAAAUGAUCAAUAAAGGAUAUCACAGAAACGAAU